AUCUAUACGUAGAAUCCCUCAUUGGUCUAAUUAUAGCAUUUGCUUUCUUUCUCUAUAGCAUGGUGAUGUUCAAACUUCCCUUGUCUAUGCUCCUCUUAUUUCUUCUACUCAAUAUUUUUUUAUGCUCAGCUGAAGUACUAUUCCUUCCCGUCACUAAAGACUCAUCAACCCUACAAUACAUUACAGAAGUAGGUCAAAGAACUCCUUUAAUCCCCAUAAAACUCACAGUGCAUCUUGGUGGUCGAAGUUUAUGGGUGGAUUGUGAUAAAGGUUACAAUAGCACAACCUAUAAACCGGCUCAAUGUAAUUCGACACAAUGCUCUUUUGCAAAGUCUCAUGCCUGUGGAGACUGCAUAUUUAGAUCUCAACUGCAGCCUGGAUGCAACAACAAUACUUGUUACAUUUGGGGUGAAAAUCCCUUGAUUAAUACUUAUAUUGACCGUGCAGAAAUUGCUGAGGAUGUAUUGGCUAUCGGUUCUACUCCUGGCGCUCUUGUCACUUGGCCGCGGUUUAUGUUCACUUGCCUUAUUGAUCCCGAUUUAAUGAGAAACCUCGCGAAUGGAGUCAUAGGAAUUGCAGGUUUUGGACACGAAAGUCCAAUUUCCAUUCCCAAUCAACUUGCUUUAGACCCUAGAUUCACCAGGAAGUUUGCUAUGUGCUUGAGCUCAUCUACAACAUCUCGUGGAGUUAUCUUCAUUGGUUCUGGCCCAUAUUAUGUUUACAAUCCUAAGAAGGUCGACAUCUCCAAGGAUCUUGUCUACACCAAACUAAUCACAAACAACAGGGGAUUUCUGUUAUCUGAAGAGUACUAUAUCCAAGUUUCAUCCAUCCGAAUCGCGGGGCAAGACGUACCAUUAAACAAAACAUUGCUUUCCAUUAACAAAAAAAAUGGAGUUGCUGGGACAAGAAUCAGCACAGCGAUACCUUUCACAAUUUUGCACACUAGCAUAUACGAUGCUGUUAAAACUGCUUUCAUCAAGGCGCUUCCGAAGAACGUGUCCCUUGUAGAGCCUCCUACAAAACAAUUCGGAGCUUGCUUUAGUUCCAAAAACAUUAGAAGCACAAACGUUGGACCAGAUGUUCCUGCGAUAGAUUUUGUCCUGCACAAACCAAGUGCAUAUUGGAGGAUUUAUGGAGCAAAUUCAGUGGUACAAGUUAGCAAGGAUGUUAUGUGUUUAGCGUUUGUGGGACAAGACCAAACUUGGGAACCAACGAUUGUGAUAGGAGGGCAUCAAUUGGAAGAGAACUUGUUGCUAUUUGACCUUCCAAGAAAGAAGAUAGGUUUCAGCUCCUCACUCAAGCUUCAAAAAACAUCCUGCUCUAAGUAUGAUAAGACCAUUCUAGGGUAAUUAUCAUUCUAGUUUUAGCCCCUUUAUUCUAUGUAAUUUCCUAUUUCGUAUAAUAAAUGUCUAGUACUUUUACACAAGUAUUAAGCCUGCUAUGUUAUUUUUGCAAA